CAGCGCCAGCUGCGGCAGCUCCGGCCCCCGCUCCUGUUCAAGCACCUCCUCAAGCUCAGUCUGGAAAUCGCAUCAGCUACUCGACGUCAGGCUACGCUCCUCGUGCCAGAACUGAAGCUCCUGCUGCAUCGCCUGCUCCUUAUGCCCCUCCCGCUCCGUCUGCCCCUGCCCCUUCGUCUGCCCCUGCCCCUGUUACCUCGCCUGCUUCCUCCUUUGCUCCUGCCACCAAGCCUCCUUCCGCAGCUCCUGCAGUUGUCAAGCAGCCCGAGCAGAAAGUUGCUCCAGCUCAACCCAAGCAGGAGAGAAGCCAUUCUUGCGGCUCCUCCGCAGAAGGUUGAGGUCGUAGAGCCAGUUGAGGCCCCGAAGCCAAAGGUAGAAAUGAAGAUUGAGGAGCCAAAGGUUGAGGAUGAUUACGUUCCUCCUCCUGUCCCCAUCCCGAGCAACGAAUCGUUCGAGGAGUACAUGAAGAGGAGAGAUCAAUUCCUUGUGCGCAGGAAAGUUUAAACUGGACAAUGGCUUGUCCAUACAUCCUAUUGGGAGGUGUGAUUUGUGGUAGAUCAUUAGCUUGCAUUCUUUAGUACAUUUUGUACAC